UACAACGCCAUAUCCUAUGCAUGGGGGAAAAGGUCUGAACUGACCAAAAUUUCGGUCGACAACAAGACAAUGGAGGUCACACAAAACUGCAAGGACGCACUGGAACAGGCGGUGCGCUUCAAUAGAGAUGCCUGGUACUGGAUCGACUCCGUAUGCAUAGAUCAGAACAAUCUCGGCGAAAAGGGGCAUCAGGUGACGAGGAUGCAUCAGAUCUACCGCAAUGCGCAGUACGUACUCGCGUGUGUUGGACAGCAUGCCGAUGACAGCGAAAAUCUUUUUCGGUUCAUACAAGAUAAUCAAGAUGCUCUACCUUGUUUCAGAUUCCUGAAACAUGACAACCCAACAGAAUGGCCUCUCUUGAUUUGGCGAGAGGUACCUACCAAUUCCGAAACGCCAACAACCUUGCACGAUCAGCUCGCAAAAUUUGUGGAACGGCCGUAUUUCUACCGGCUUUGGGUCUAUCAGGAACUA